CACCUAUGGUUGUUUUAAUGAAUAACCCUGAGUCAUACACUCAGGUUGGUCUGUUGGGUUGACUAGCAGGAGCUCUAGAAAAGGGAAAUGGCUCAGAGACAUUUUGAGGGAAAAGAACAUGCUGAAUCUUACCAGCGUCACCGGGUGUCUCCUCCUCAGGAACUCAUAGAUGAAGUGCUGAACUUCCUCCGAAAAAGAAUAAAGGAGGAGCUUGAUCUGGCAGUGGAUGUGGGCUGUGGAUCAGGACAGGGCACUGAGCUACUGGCCCCUCACUUUAUGACUGUGGUCGGGACAGAUAUCAGUUCAGCUCAACUGGAGAUAGCCGAGGCUAAAGAUCAUGCAGCAAACUUGUGUUACAGACAGAGUCCUGCAGAGGAGUUGCCCUUUGAGGAUGAUGUGGCCGACUUGGUUACAUCCAUGUCAGCUGCUCACUGGUUUGACCAUCCGCGCUUCCUGCGGGAGGCAGACAGGAUUCUGAGGCCAGGAGGCUGCCUCGCUCUGCUCAGCUACACCUUGGAUUUUGAGCUGGAAUAUGGAGAAAGUACCUCGAAACUCAAUGAAAUCUGUCAAGAGUUCUAUGCAGCCCUGCUCCCUUUUCGGAAAGCUUAUAUAGGAUCCAGUUCCCUCCAACUGUACAAGAAGAUCUAUGACCUUGUUUCAUACGAUGAUAAAGAGUGGCACGAAUGUCUGAAGGUUCGGAUGAUGAUGCCACUGUCAAGGUUCAUUGGCUUGGUUGAAACUUUCUCUUCCUAUCAAGGUUUUCUGGAGAAGGAUCCUGUUGAGGCCAAGAAACUGUCUCAGACCAUCACAGACAGGUUGUUGGAAGCAAUGGGGGCCUCGUCGACUGACACAGAAGUAACAGUGAUAGUGAAAUACUUCUAUUUAUUAGCCUCUAAACCACAGAAAUCCUGAAAUGGUUUCAAACCCACAGAUCCCUCUCUGUUUCCCAAUGCUUAUAAGAACAUUAAAGCAUUUGUGUUGAACAAUAAA